UGGGAAAACCCAGAGGAAUUAUAUGAUCAAGAAUUUGCCAAAAUCGGAAAGAUUGCUGUUUUCAAGUCGUGCCUUCUUAGCAACCCCCAAGGACGGGAAGACUACAUUGAGAAGAAAUGAUGGUAUAACGAUGAAUUGUGCAUGGAAUUUCGCUCUUUUUUYCCUACUUUUUGGACUGAGGGAAUCUAGUUGCUCUACACCGGAAUCAUGCAACACAAUUGAUUCAUUAAAACUUGGUUGCUUUGCUGAAAAACUUUCAAAUCGAGAGUUUUCAGUAUUGGCCGGUAACUACAAUACUUCACUUCUGAAACCAGAACACUGCGUCCGACUAUGUGGACAGCUAUUCUUUCAAUACGCAGCACUACAAAAUGGUAGCUUGUGCCUUUGUGGAAACUCCUACGGCGCGUAUGGCUCCGCUAGUAGCUGUAAUGUUAAUUGCACGGGAGAGAGCAGGUCUAUUUGUGGUGGAAAAGAAGCAAAUACAGUGUACAAUUCUACGGUAUUUAUCGGCCAUUUUGCUCUGAUUAACACCGCAAAGUACUUCGAGCUAUUCGUUGAAGGAAGUAUAACUGCAGUCUACACGAAUGGAACGAUAAGUGAUCCUGGAUUUUCAGUUGAUAUCAGUGAAGAAUCGGGCUUUUCUACUCCGAAAAGUAUAAACUUGCCGUUUACUUUCAUCCCGACACGAUGGGGGAAAAAGAAGCUGACUUUAACAAAUUCUUUAUCKGGAGUCUAUAAGCCUGUGAUCAGUGAUGUAGAGGUUGUUUCAACGGUAAAAUAUGUGGAUAUCUCAUGCCCAAACUAUGUGAAAACACAAACCGAGUUUCAGUGUAGUGUUCAAGUYUAUCAAGGGACGAAAAUGCAAGCUACUUGGCGCUUAGGAGAUCAAUGGGGAAACAUCUCUUUGCCAGACCCAGCUUACCUUGGCGUUGGUCCAUCCGUUCCACAGUGGAUUGUACCAAACAUAUUCGCAAUGUACUCCUCAGGAGUUUUCUUGCUUCCUUCUUCGAUGUUCACRCGUGAUGCAAUGGUUCUUGGUCUUGAAAUCUAUGGUCAUACUGCAGGCAAAAUCACGAUCUUUGUUGCCCGACCCGUGUGUGCUGCAAGUAGUCAACACUACUGCCUUAACAAUGCAACAUGUAUGUUGGACAAAUGUGCCCUGGACUCCAAAGGCCAAUGCCCUGUGUCUCAAGUACUAAACAUAUCAAGCUCCGAAUGUCAGAGUACUUCAACAUGCAGCAGCAGCUUCUUUCAUUCAGCUUUCUACCAGCCAUCGAAUUCCUCAGUGAAUCAUACAGUGGUGUGUGAGUUUAUGAGUAUUUCGAUCCAAAAGGGAUAUAAUUUAUUUGUUAUACCUGRAAACAACGCCUGCAAAGUUCAAAAGGGGGAUAUCUUGGGAUGGGCAAUUGAAGGAGUGGGRCUCAUUGGACACCAAAACGGAUCGGAAAAAGUACGAAGAUAUACCGCCAUUCUUGCAGGCCAAAUAAAGACAGGUUAUAACUUCACAGUUAGUGACCCCUACACAGAAAUAUCUGUGAAAUAUUUGUUAAGAGCAGUGUCCGCCGAAGGAAGUACAUUCAUAACACGUCACUCGAUAAACCAGACAGGAGUGGUGUUCUAUUACGUGAACACGACGAAUAAUGUGACGUCACUUCCUGUUGAAAGGAGUAAAGCUGUUGGCGUACAAAAGCAAGUGACCUUUAUAUCUGUUGUUUACGCCGUUGGAUUUGAAUACUUUGGAACGAGGAAGAACCUUCCAGUUGAAAUUACUCUAAACAUUUCUUCAGCUACAAACGUUACGGCGAUUUUUAAAAAUUCAUCUUCAAGCGGAGAGAGACUUCAUACGUACGUCAACAACCAAAAUCUAGGAGGACUCUCAUUUGUACACAGGGUUAACCUGAGUUUCCCACACGAGGGAGUACAUGAGUUAUACGUCGAGGCUUUCAAUAGAAUAAGCUCGGUUAACACCACCGUUAAUGUGUUAGUAGGUGGGGAAAUAACAGGCUUGAACGUAAACUUAUCUGAACCUAGCAAACCGGUUUAUCAAGGAUUACAAACCAGUUUAUUAGCAACAGURGUUACUGGAUCCUUAGUGAGGUACAAGUGGAUCAUUGAAAACAAUCACAGUGCAGUUUUUGUGAAUAGUAAUGAAACAUCACACGUGUUCAGCAAACCUGGAGUGACUAACAUUACCCUUAUUGCGAGCAACCAAGCCUUUACCCUGACCAAGUCAUUUACCAUAGUUAUCGUGAAUCCAUUAUCACUGAACGUUCCACAAUGGACACCUUUAAACGUUCCUGUGGCAUUAAAUUGCAAUCUGACAGGUAACUUCGCCCCAAACCAGAAAUAUGCUUGGGAUUAUGGAGAUGGAUCGAAUUUUUCGGGGGUGGGUGCCACGUUAGUACAACACACCUUUGCCAAGGGAGGAAUACAUAACAUAACUUGCGAAAUCGUUGGUCCCGUCGUUAUUAAAACUAGUUCCAGUAUUUUUGUCAUGGAGCCUUUGACUGGGCGAUGCCUGAAGCCAUUUGAUGGUGUAGAGCUCUUUGAUAAUAAGACAUUUGUUGCCGAGUACGACACGGGAAACAACUUGACUUUCAGUUGGGCGAUCCAAGGAGACACCACAAGUUUCCUGGCAGUCUGCGACUCUAAAAACUUUUCCUUUUUCUUCCAAACCCCUGGCACCUACACCGUAGCUCUAAACAUAUCAAAUCCUAUAUCCAUCCUUACUUGCACCAGAGAAUUCCUAGUCGAAGAAAAAAUAUCCAAUAUUUCUAUCAUCGCGACUCCAAAUCCUGCUCCUUCGAAAACGACCGUUAGAUUCGAGAUCUUAAAAGGAGCUGGCAAUAACGUGACUUAUGCAGUUAACUUCAGCGAUGGAUACUUUGUUCAUAAAUACGAUGAUCCACGACUGGAAUUCAAUAGAACAUUUACUGCAGGUAAAAGGCAGGUUGUUUUAGAAGCGACAAAUACGAUCAGCAAGGAGAUCAUCUUUUACAAUCUUACGAUACAAGAUGCGGUGAAAAACCUAAGCAUAGACGUCGAUGCUGAUGGCAGUUGUGAUGGCAAAAUGUUUGUGGCUGUUGACAAAACGAAAUUGCUGAGAAGUCAAGCCGAACAAGGAACUGACUUAUCAUUCACAUGGAAGAUCAAUGACCAAGUCUAUCACGAUAAAGGCAAYUUGAUCUCAGGGAAAGUUUCCGUUUCGAGGUCUCAAACAUUUGUCAAAGARGGAAACGUCGUAGUCAACGUGACUGCAUUCAAUCUUGUCAGCAAUCUGAGCCACUCCAUAAMCUUUUAUGCGCAGAAAGCAAUCAAAGACUUUGACGUSAUAGUUCCCACCUGUGUUGCRAUUGGUGAACAGUUUGAAGUCAGGUUUGACAUUUUAGAGGGAGGUGACGUCAUAUACAAUGUCACUUUUGGCGACGGCAGUGGAGAUGUUUUUACUACCAGUACAUCAGUUAUGAAGACUUACUUCCUGAAAACUCAAUACACCAUGAGGGCUACAGCUUUUAACCAAAUAAGUCAAGUUACCCUAACUAAGCAAAUUUCAGUACGGUAUAAAAUAAAAGAUCUUACUUGUGGGACGUUCGAUAAAGUAGUUGCCCUUGGCAAACAAGUAGGAAUUUUUUGGAAAAUAUCAAACGGAAGUGAUGUUGAGUAUUUGGUCGAUUACGGUGAUGGAUCACCGGAAGUUAAUCUAAAAUCUCCACUCUUGGGUGUACCGAUUUCUUUAAACCAUACGUACUUGMAUGCACAGCGAUAUCAGGUGACGGUAAAAGCUUCAAACAUCAUUACUCAGCCAACUUGUACUUUUGAAGCAGUUGUCCAGGAACCAAUCAAAGGUCUUGUAAUACAAUCCCAAGGUACACUUAAAGUUGGCAUAUACGAGGAAGUAAGCAUCACCGCAACUAUCACACACGGAACCGAGGUGAGGUACAUUUUUGACUUCGGCGAUGGAUCGGAUCCAGUUCCGUUAAAUAAUAACGUAGCAGCCCAUGUGUAUAGAUACCCUGGAACUUUUACUCCAAAUAUUACAGCAAGUAACCUGUUAAGCACGUCGUCUGUUUUGGCAUCGUCGUUCGAAGCCUUACAACCCAUAACACCGAAACCUGUUCAGGGACUCAAGAUUUCCGCAGCACCGACCAAAUAUAGAGAAGAGACUACGAUUAAAAUAACUUGGGAAGAAGGAGCGAUCUUCAACUGCACACUUAAUUUUGGAGACAACUCAGCCAACUCACCCCGUGAGCUUAAAUAUAGUCAACUAGGGCCACCAAUCUUUCACGAGUAUCAAACGACAGGCCAUUUUAAACUGUCUAUAAGGUGUGAAAAUGAAAAUGGCUUGGGUGCAGCAUCUGCAACAGCCAUCGCUAAAGUCGAAGAGCCUAUUGAAGGGUUGAAUUUYACAGACCUCGAGUCAGUUUCGGGGAUUGAAAGAGCAUUUGGCCAAAGCUUKGAAAUAUACUGGACAUGGUUAAAAGGUUCGUUCGUCACUUGCUCUGCGRAAAUUUCAAGGAAUGCUAAGAUAUUGAAUCCGAUUCAGAACCUUGAGAAACGGGCCACCCUCAAACCGGAAUAUUUCGAGGAACCUGGAACAUACGUAAUCACCGUUCGGGCUAUSAACGCCGUGACAGACGAGCAAACCAUCUCCCUAACAAUAACCCUGAUUCAAAUGAUCCAAAACCCUMAGAUUCUUCCGAAUCCCUAUGUCCUGGUCAACUAUCCCGCCAUGGCCUUCUUGACCAUGCARGCUGGUUCUCAUGCCACCUCGGUCUGGUCCUACGGAGAGGCUGGGGAGACUAAGACUAUUAGGAGCCUUUCGAACAAUAGAUAUAUCCGUUUUGAGCACAGAUUUAGUACUCCUGGUGUUUAUGUCAUCAGUGUGAAGGUAUGGAAUCGAUUCAGUAUGAAUACAAGUGUAUCGUCGACUAUGUCGAUCAUGAACCCUGUGGCUGGUUUCUCAAUAAUCCCUCGAUAUGCUUUACAAUGGCCUGAGAAUAGCGUUAAUUUCCAAUUUAAACGCAACCAGACAUAUGAACCGCCUUCUAAUGCCAGCUACCGCUUCGAAUUUGGAGAUAAUUCUACUUCAGAAAAGAUAGAAAUGGAUUCCUCGCACAGUAAAUUUAAUUUUACRUACUCCUACAAACGACCAGGAUGCUAUAUUGCGACUUUGGUCAUCUCUAACGAAGCAAGCUAUGUUCGAUUAGUAGCAAGUGUAUCAAUCAUUCAGAAAGUAGAGACCUUAACAUUGGAAGCUCUCCACUCCGACCAAAGCUCUACCCCAGGGCUUUACGGACGAGGGAAAGAUCGAAAUAUUUUACCACUGGAGUACCCGGUAUUCUUUCAAUCCCGACAUAUCCACGGCACGUGUGCCAAGUACAAAUGGUAUUUUGGAGAUAACACAGAAAGCAAACUCGAAACCAUAGCAACAAUCAACCACGUCUAUCCGUUACCAGGCAACUACACUGUUCGYGUGCGUGUGUACAAUGAUAUAAGCAGUGAAGAAUAUUCAUCUAAUGUUAUAGUAUUAAGGUCGGUUGUUGGGCUCUUUUUGGUGUCGAACAGUCCGGUAAAAUCARGAGAAAAUGUAACCUUUCWUGUAUUCUGUGCGCAACCAGGAAACGAAACCGAAUUUGUUCUUGACACAGGAGAAAACAUCAAUAUCACUGUCCCUUUUCCAACACGAGGUUCUGCUAAAGGGGCUUUGAAAAACUUCAGUCGAAAUAUYCACCUUCCAUUCGAUUUUGAAACAUACUAUGCGUCGAUUGUACAGUACACUUAUAAACACCAAUCAAAGUUUGCAUUCGACGCAAGGGUGACAGCCUGGAACGAGGCAUCCCACAAAACAGCGCGAACAACUGUAGUGAUAACUGACCUUAAUUGUUCCAUCCCAAAUGUGGAGCUUUUCGGUGGCGGGAAAACACUCGUAAAGGCUUUGCCGUUCAAGUUUGAUAGAGGAUUCAGAAUCAAUUCGCGUGUAAAUUUCUGGUGCAGUGAUAAAGUUAAAGCGAUGUUUCAAUGGUCUUUGUUCAGAGCUGAUACAUAUUAUGUGCAUAAUUCGUCUAUGCCGCCAGACGAAGAGCGAAGGAUCAGUCUACCAGGUCACGUGAUUCAGAACCAGUCCUCCAUCACCGUUCCMAAGCACACACUAAAGCCAGGCUACUACCUGAUACAGCUUACAGUCACACUGUCCGAGGUUCCCUUAACCAACACAGCCCAGCAGUACGUCAAAAUAUCCACUCCGUUAGUGGAGGCAAAGAUUGAAGGCGGAAGUGCUAGGUCACGUGGAUGGGAGAAGAAAAUCGUCCUUGACGCUUCGAAAUCCCAUGAUCCUCUAGAUUCUGGCGUCAAUCUUAAAUAUGAAUGGUACUGUAAGCCAAUCAAAAAUGACUGGAUUGGAGAAGAAGGGUGCUUUGGAAGAGGAAAUGGCAAAGUGGAAAGCACCGAGCCUGUGUUUAAUAUUCGCGCCAGAAGUCUCUUAGAAUCGGUUGAGUAUGAAUUUAGCGUGGCAGUCACGCCUGAAGACAAGAAGCGGGCUGUARCUACUGCACAGAGAAUCAAAAUUGUGCAGGGGAAUCCACCAGAUAUUAACAUCAAAUGUGUAUAUAAUUGUGGAGGUAAGAUGACUUCAGACGAGCGAUUCGCAAUACAAGCCUACUGCACAGACUGUCGAAAUGACACAAUGCUUGAGUACUCUUGGACUGCUUACAAACUCGUUCAAGGAAAACCUCAGGGGUUAAAGCUUUGGCCAGAUCAAACCCUGACAGACAAUCAUUUGAAGUUUGUUGUUGUCAAGGAAGGUGCACUUGAACAAGACUCUACGUAUAUACUAAAAGUUCAGGUUAAGAUAAAAGGAGGACCAAGUGCUUUUGCCGAGUACRAUUUCACAACCAAUUCCCCACCAAUAAAUGGCCAUUGUAUCAUCACUCCCGAAGAAGGAGAGGAACUAGCCACGAAAUUCUCUGUGAAGUGUAAUGCAUGGGUCGAAGAGGACACCCCUCUGACCUAUGAGAUCUUAGUCAAGAACAAUAACAACCAAACAAGCAGUAAAUACACGCUCAUGUGGUAUGGACCGGAACUCAGUAACAAUAGGGUCAUUCUCGCAGCUGGUGAAAAAGAGAACAAUUACAUUUUAGAUUUYAUAGUCAGAGUUCAAGAUGUCUACGGAGCUGUCAACGAUACUAUUUUCAAAAUAAAGGUCAAGCCACUUUCCGGAAACAUCACGUCUAAACGACUUUUAGGCUUCGUAGGUGAACUCGAAAGCAACAUUGCUCGAGGAGAUAUAAUGGGUGCAGUUCAAUUGACAACCGUGCUUGGUAGCAUCGUCAACAACAAGGACCACAUCACAGGAAGUGUGAUGACAAUUCAAGACAGAAUACAGGUUCGUACCGCCCUGACCCAAACAAUGGAUGGUGUUGUUCCUAGAGAUAUUCAAGCCGUAAGACAAUUGAGUGGCUCACUUGAGCUGGUGGCCCAGGAAUCAGCAGAACUAUCGCUAGAAGCACAGGAAUCCUCCCUCUCUAUAUACAAACGCGCUGUAGAAGUUAUUUCUAAAAGCGCAACGGAUGUUGAGCYAGCACAAAUCGAGAUCGCUUCUCAGAAAUCGCUGUCAACCAUGAGUAGUUUCAUCGCUGCUGCUUCAUCAACCUCGGAGAAAUUGUUCUCCACUCCUUCGGGAAAUACUGCCAAUCUUCAUAAGGCUCAAGCCGUAGCACAGGGCUUGUUACAUCUGACUAACACUGUAGCAAACGCAUCAUUAGUCAACAAGCUUCCUGAAGAGAAAGAAACCGUGUUUAAAUCCAAAUACUUACAGUUGUCAGUCAAGAAAGUGACGUCAAAUAAUUUAGAAAAGGCUGAAUUUAACACUAGUGGGAAUGCACGGUUUGUUUUGCCUGAAGAAGAAGGAAUGAUACAAAGGAUUGGUGACAGUGAAGUUAGCGCAGUGAUCUCUGAGAUGAGUGUCAAUCCGUUCAGUGGAACAAACUCCUCGCGCAUGGUCAAGUCCUCAGCCAUGUCUUUAGUCUUGAUGGGUGAUAACUAUCAAGAACUAAAAAUUGAAGGUCUUUUGUCUCCCAUUGAUAUCUUUCUGCAAAACAAGGAACCACAAGAAGAGAAAGAACUAAACACAACUACCACUCCACCGAAGACCAAGGAGAUGCCCAUGGCAGUCCACAAAGUCGUCCUAGAGCGUCCUGAAAAUGCCAUCAUUGCAGACAUUAUACCAGAAAAUAGAUCAGCAACAUUCAACGUCUACUUCAGAUACAAUUCCCAACCAACCCUGACAGAAUACGACUUCCUUGAUACUCUUCCUCGUUACCCCGUCAACGAGUCAUCAAAYAUCACUAGUCCAGGGCCUUACACGUUUUUUGCCUUAAGUGAACGGACCAAUGGAAGUGGGGACUACUUCAUAGGAGUAAUUCCUGUGGACAGUCAAGGCAGUGUAACUCAGGAACAGCAGUUAAAUUACACAUUUGAUGUCUAUUCUUCUGGUUGCUAUUUCUGGAGCGAAAUUAAACAGAUUUGGACAAGCGAAGGAUGCAAAAUUGGGAACAAGACGUCCAGAUCAAUGACCCAUUGUCAAUGUACGCAUCUCACAUGGUUCGGUGGAGACCUAUUYAUUCCCCCAAACAAACUGGACUUGAAAAAAAGCAUAAAUAAUCUAGCCAAUCUUUACGAGUCUCCUGCUUUGUUAGCUACAGUUUGUCUUGUGGCCACGAUGUACGUAAUAGCCUUGGUAUUUGCUCGGCGCUGGGACAAAAAAGACACUACAAAAGUGGGCCUUAUUGCUGUGCCUGAUAACGACCCGACAGAUCGAUUCCGUUACGAAGUGACAGCAUACACAGGCAGGAUGGGAAGGUCAACCACAAGCAAUGUCUCGAUUAUACUUUAUGGAGAACUAGCAGAAAGUCAUCCAAUCACGUUGAUAGACAAGGAGAGGCAAGUCUUUGAAUCAGGAAGCGUGGAUUCAUUCUUUGUCACCGUUCCUCAAGCUUUAGGUCCUUUGAACUACAUCCGAAUAUGGCACGAUAAUUCUGGGUCAUGGCCUGCGUGGUACCUUAAUCAGGUCAUCAUUCGGGACAUUGAUACUGAUGAGCGCUUCGUGUUUUUGUGUUACCGCUGGUUUGCGUGCGACGAGGACGACGGUCAAGUUGAACGCAUCAUCCCGAUAGCCGGGAAAGAAGAGCUUCAAGAAUUCACAUACCUCUUUCGUAAUCGYGCAAAGAAGGAUUUCUCUGAUGCACAUCUGUGGUUUUCGAUCGCUCUUCGUCCUCCACGCAGUCAAUUCACUCGCGUCCAACGAGUCACUUGUUGUCUUUCUAUCCUUCUUUGUACAAUGUUGGCAAAUGUMAUGUGGUAUGAUAUCCCACAAUCAAAGAACAAUACAGUUAUCUUUGAGUCUGGUUUCAUACGCAUUACAUGGCAUGCAGUUGUCGUGGGAUUUUAUUCGAGUUUGAUCGUCUUCCCCAUUAAUCUUCUCAUCGCGCAAAUUUUUCGAAGCCUCGAACGACGUCCAAAGAAACCACGAAAACCUGCACACGAAAAGAGCGAAGAAGCGAAGGAGGUCCAGAAAUCCGUCCUGAAACUCAAUGACAUUCACACCAUCACGCGAACAGAUUAUUCGGWAUAUUACCCUGGAAAAGAUUUUUUGAUGAGCCCCAAGAAAGUAUGUUUAGAUCCGCAAGAUGCCUACGAUGAUGAUGAUCUCCUGUGUCUUUUGAUGGAAAACCGUCUGUUGGAUGAACAUUAUCUAAAACACUCGACACAGCCAACGCUACACACGCCUAUUAAAAUAGGGUCAAAAGACCUGUUUAAGAGUGACAUCCAGCAACCCUUUGAUCAGGAUGAUAUUAGAAAGAAAGCAUCUACCAGUCCUGUGUCUGAAUGCAGUCUCGACUUUAACGACAGCUCACAACUAGUCAAGCCCGAGAAGCCCAAACGCAAUCCAGUCAUCAUCAAAGUGCCCAAACCAAAGUUCCUGCUUCCCUGGUGGUUUGUAUUUGUGGCGUGGUUUCUCUGCAUAAGCACAUCUCUCGUUGCAGCKUUCUUUACCUUGCUCUAUGGACUGAACUUCGAGAAAAAAGUCCAGGAGGAGUGGCUUACCGCUAUGUUCAUAUCCCUGAUUCAAGAUAUCUUUAUCUCCCAGCCUCUCAAGGUUAUUGGCUUUGCAUUGUUUUUCGCUCUUAUUCUCAAGAAACCUGACAAAAGUGAGGAAAGUCUUAACGCGGAGCUGGCGAARGACGAGGAAUGGCUGAAACAGAAUCUAAGAGGACGAAGACGAAAUGCACUCAUAGCUGAACAACCAAAGUACAUGGCUCCCGACGAGGCCAUGCUAAAGAAAGCCCGGAUUCGCCGUUUCAAGGAACGUAAAAUGUAUUCAGUCAUUCGAGAGAUUGUCUUGUACGCCAUGUUCGUAUGGGUUGUGCUGUUGACAGCUUACGGACACAAGGACCCUGACGCGAAUUUGUUGAAUCAAGGGAUGGAAAACAUGCUGACGGGAACCGGAAAUAGCUGGCUCGUUGAUUAUAAACCCAAGAAAGCAAAAAACCAGACAGAUAGAAAGUUUCUUAUGGUGAGUGGAAUCGAAAAGUUCUGGAACUGGACUAACAACACUCUGCUGCCCAGUUUAUACAACGGACCUUGGUACAAUGGAAAAAGUGACGUCAACGGAUACAUGGCAGACAGAACGUCAUGGCGGAUYGGAGUUGCAAGGGUUAGACAGUUACGAGUCAAAACAGAUACAUGUGAAGUGGCAAAUGUGUUUAAAGGUUUUCUACGUGACUGUAAUGUACCUUAUUCCUGGAACGCCGAAGAAAUAACCAAACAAUUCAAACCAGGAUGGUUGCGAGCUCCUUCCAACUUCACAUCAACCAAUCGCGCAUGGCGGUACCGAGAAAGCGUUGAGCUGAAAUCCCUCCCAUUCCUCGGACGCCUGGCCUUCUACAGUGGAGGAGGUUACGCCGAAGACCUGGGACCAACGAUCGAGGAGGCCAGAAGAAAAAUYCAAGAGUUAAAAUCGCAUAACUGGAUUGACAAGCAGAGUCGAGCGGUAUUCGUCGAGAUAACGAUAUACAACCCGCAUACCAACAUGCACUGCGUUGCGUUUCUGAUACUUGAAGUGUCCGCCAGCGGAGGCGCGUUCCCAUUCGUCGAGCUUCUCGUCACGAGGAUAGACCGCUACACAGGACAAUUCAAACUAUUCGUACUCAUCUUUGAGCUGGCAUUUGUCGCUUUCACCAUAUUCUUCACGUAUAAAUUGAUCAAAGGGAUGAUAAACAUUGGCCCUAUUUAUUAUUUCAAGGAGUACUGGAACUGCAYGGAGCUUGUGUUGAUUUCACUUUCCUGGACGUCCAUUGUGCUUUACUUCGUAAGAUUCAGCAUCAACGCCCUGACACAAAGAGAAUACCGCAAGAAUCCCAAUGAAUUUGUGAACUUCCAUCCACUGGCAGCCAGCGAUGAAGUCUUUGCUUAUAUUUACUCCUUCGUCGUGUUCUUGGUAUCUCUAAAAUUCCUUCGUCUGUUCCGAUUCAACCGAAGAAUGUCAUUACUUGCGUCUACACUGAAGAACUCGGCAAAGGAACUAAUGUGUUUUAGUCUAGUAUUCGGUAUAGUCUUCAUGGCAUUCGUGCAUUUUUGCGUUUUGGUGUUUUCAAAAGACCUUUAUAUGUUCCACACCGUCAUGUCUUCUGUGGAAACCCUGAUAAGCGUCAUGCUUGGGAAAUUUAGUUACGAACGUCUUCUUGAAACGAACAGAGUGUUAGCACCUGUCAUGUUCUUCUUCUACAGCUUCCUCGUUGUCUGGGUCCUCGUCAACAUGUUUAUCUCGAUCAUCAUCGAGAAUUUCCAAGCGGUGAAACGCAACAACGAUCUACAAUCGAAUGAGUACGAAAUAGUUGACUUCAUGACCGACCAGUUCCGUGUCUGGCUUGGCUGGAGUACAUGGGGAUUUAUUUUCUCGUCCAAGAAUAAAGUCAAAAACUAUCCGAUGGGUAAACCCAAGUAUAAAAGGAGAAAGAGGGUCGACCAGGCCGAGAACUUAAAGAACCGUGUAGAUCUACUGGUGAACAUGAUACAGACGGUGUACUUUGAAAAGGAGGACUUUCUGCGCAACGAUGGCGAAGUCACGUAUACGUCAAGAGAAAAUCCAAUGUAUUAACGCUGUCCCUCUCACUGUUGUGUAGUUCACGCCGGGUGUCGUGGUCGUCAGCAAGUCCCGGCUGAACCACACAUAUGAGAUGAGUUUGUUUGAUGUUUUAUUUUCUCUCUUGCCACGAGGGGUUUUCUCCGUGUUCUAUCUCCAGUUUUGCCGUCCCUCGUUAAAAAUCAACAUUUGAGUUGUUUGUUGUGUAGUAUAAUAGUGAAUGUAGUGCGGUUGUGUGUGGAGCGAGCGUGGGGGGAGUGAUGGACAGUGAUUGUUGUAAAAUAUAUUCUUUUUGAUGUAAGGUCCUGUUUCAGAGUUCACAUGUUUUUUAAUUUAUUGGCGAUACUACGAAACAACCUGGGGGCAAUCAUUAAAUAAAAAAAAUCACAAUCAAUGCACGGCUAGUUCACGAAUAAAAUUUUGAUUAAGCUUGUAAGGUUUUGCGAAGGAAGCAAAACCAGAGAAUCUGGACAAAAUCCCUCGUAAUUGCCACUCCUAUACUUCGCCCAAAGAAUGCUUUGCGUAUUUGGGAAUGACACCAUGAAACGUUCUUUCUUUCUUAAGCUGAACAUUAUCAUGAUAGAUAAUAAUGUCAUAGGGACUGCUGGAACAGUCUUUGAAGAAAAUUGCGGUAUUCAUAGACGAARUAUUCAGUUACUCCUUCAUACACGGCACAUUGCAGAGUCAUGAUUUUAUUUUUUAAAGCUGCAGCACGUACUUAGUUAUAUAGAGCGGUUUUGAUAUCAAACCUACGGUACGCUACGGUGUAUACGGCAUUUACACGGUACACCCAUGCCGUAAUACUGAAAUGACUUCCCAUUGUCUACAGUAAUUCUCCUAAUCACAAGGCUACGGCAACAGUGUAGUUUCGAAUUUGCUUCUUAUCUUACCACUUAACAGCUUUAGCAAUCACAAUAACUGUUGAAUAGUUGACGUCACCUAAAUUAUAAGUUAUUUACUAUUUUAGUUGACGUCACUUUAAUUGAAAAUUCACGUGUCAACGGUCUGAAAAUCAGAAAAGAAAACUUCACGCAUUCUUUGGCCUAAAAUAAACCCUCGGAUUCACAUGACCGUUGGUUUGGCGCGUAUUGACUAUUUUUGGUGAUGUCAUCUACAUAGCGGGAUCUAAGUUAGAUAAAUUUAUCUAGCUAUAGUCAACAGUGUGACUAAAUGCAUUGUCUGGCUAGAUAUCGCGCUUUAGAGGCAGGUUCAUGAAAAAAUCGUUAUGGCCACAUGUAAUGAAUAUUAAACAAAAAUUAAAUGUUUGGAUGUGUUUACAUUUACAAAUAUAUAAUAUGUGUUUAUAUUUACAAAUAUAUAAUGAUUCAGUUCGAGAGAGAAACUCUUGUCAAAAUGAAAGAAUUGAAAAAAAACUAAAAAUGUUAUUUUAAAAUCUUAAAUGCGCACAGUCAAUUUCCUUCUAAAUCUUUUCUCUGCUUUUUUUAUUCCUUCAGAACAUUCUCUUGAUUUUGAUGGCACAUGUUGAAAAUCACUCGUUCGUAAAUUACUGUAUACGUAGUGAUAAUAGUGCAAAUAAAUCGAAAAUAUCUGACAGAA